AAAUGAAAGUGUGAAGAACAUAACUUUAAAUCUAGAGUUAAAGCAUUUAGCCAGGUGGCGCAAGAUGUUUGAGUGUCAUAUGAAGGGGAAAAGGGAAGUGCAGCAGUCUCUACAAACACAGUUAGACACAAGAUACAGGAAGAGAAACUUACACAAUGGCCGCAUACGCAAAUGAAAAAAUGUUCUACAUUUCAAUCGGGUUUUGGCUCAUUUUAGGUGUUGAAUGCUACAGUGGCUGGUCAAAUCAUACCUUAACUAUUAAGCCUGGAGGAUCUGUCACCAUCCCAUGUCAUUAUGAUGAGAAAAACCCUCCGCAGAAGAAAUACUGGUUCUCAGAAUAUGAUAAAUCUAAAAUAUACACAAACACAUCAGAGGAGAAUCUAUCAGUAAUUGAUCAUCCUGAUCAGAGUCUCUUUACUGUGACUAUGAGAAACCUGCAGAACAAACACACUGGACCUUAUUCUUGUGCUGUGGAGACUGAAGGAAAGCCGACAGUCACAUAUGAGCUUCAUCUGAGGGUUCAGUCUGCUCCUGAUGUGUCUGUGGUGAGCAGCAGUGUAUCUGGACAUGAAGGUGGUAAUGUCAGUGUCCAGUGUUUCUACAGUUCUGGAUAUCAGAAUAAAACCAAGCAGUGGUGCAGAUAUAAAGAUCAGAGCUGUUACACAGUGAAUGACACAUCCCAGAAUUCAUCAGUCCAGAUCAGUGAUGAUGGGAGAAGCUCCUUCACUGUGCUGAUGACUGGACUGAGACUCAGUGAUUCUGGAUGGUUCUUCUGCUCUGCUGGAGAGGCAAUGAUCCCUGUUCAUCUCACUGUAACAGAGGCCGAACCAGCAAGCGGGCCCACAGACAAUCCAGGGAACUCAAGUGAAACAGGAAUCUCCAAGAAUAAAAAUAAAACUGACACUGAAGACCAACAAAUCAGAAAUAAAGAGCCUCUGACUGUGUGGCUUCCAGUUUCAGCUGCACUUCUGCUGCUGGUGAUUCUGGUCUGUGUUUUCACCUGGAGAUGGAAACAGAGAUCCAAGCAAGAUAAACACCAAAACAGAGAGAGAAACGACAGCAGGACCAGUGAUGCAAUCUACUCUAAACCUGAAGAUCCUGUGAUAUACAACACUAUAAAUGAUGAACGCUCAAAUGAUACCAACAAGAACAUAAUCUACAGUACUGUUGGUGAUGCUCCUGGGAGUGAAGCAAUGCCUCCAGCAGGUGGAACAGUAUACAGCACUGUGGCUCCACACUAACAGCAACAGUGACGCUGCGCCCCAAUUCAGAGGCUGCAUCACUUGAUUACGUCACAGUGGUGCAACAAAUGCUGUCUCAAUUCGAAGGCUCCUCCAAUUGUAUCCUUCAUUUCACAUGAAAUGAAGGAUACAACAGAUGGACCCUUUACAGCCUUGCCUACCCCAGAAUUCAUUGCGCGCCAGUGACGACAAUAUAUAUAUAUAUUUUUUAAUGAAAUUGCAGAAUUACACUUUUAAACGCAAGAAUUGGGUUUUAACUUACUCAAAUAUCUAAUAAUAAUACAAAUGUAAAAAUAAAAACAACAACUUUAAAGCAGUUUAAAUGUUGACAUAUCUUACUAAGAUGCAGUUACAUAUAGAUUAUAUUCUUUAUUAUGUACAGAAAUGGAUCAUGGUGAACAUAUCUAGACAGUUUGUGAACCUUGUUUUGUUUUCAGACAGUUGAAAACUUCCAAAAAAGUGCAGUAUAAACGUUACUUCCACUCAUCAAUGACAGCUGUUGCAGUUGCUGACAAGAACAGUUCUCCAUAGGGUAGAGUGUAACAUUUAACAACGCCCAGUCUGACCUUAGCAGCCUUCAAAGGAUGCAGCCUCUGAAUUGAGACACAACCUGUGAAUAACACCGGAACAGACUAACCAAGAGAAACAGCAGAGGACUAUCACAACACAACUUCUUUAUGCUUGUACAUGAACAUCGAACAGAUCUACAGAUACAAACACAUUAACUUUGUAUUUGCUUGAUCCCUCUCCAUUUUUACAAAAGGACCCAUAUGAACAGAUGUGAGGGUCAAGAAUAUUGAAAAAAGUGUUACAUGGAUUGUAAAUUCAUCUAUUAGGCUAGUUCAUAUAAUCUAUUAAAAUGAGAUUAUCCUUAUAUAUUUUGUAGUUAUAUAUAUUUAUGUCCGUUUUGUUUUAUCACUGUAAAAAAUACUUUUAGUGUACAUGUAGAGUGUUCUGUUCUCUGUUAUCCAUAUUUUAAAUUAAAUAAAAGUAUUUUGUAGUUGUA